AAACAUUGGUAGGACGGCAUUUCAGUAUUUAUCUGUUUGAGAAUUAAUUUCUCUUUCUCCAAAUCUCCACCACCUUCCCAUCUUUACAUAAUUUACACGUUUCUCUCUCUCCCCUUAUCUCUCUCUCUCUCUAAAAAGACUCUUUUUUCCCCUCAUUUGUUUCUUUGUAUUUUCUUUUUCCUUUUGUGUAAAGAAGAAGAGAAGAACAACAAGAAGGAAGAGGAACAAAUAAAAACUAAGAGGUUGUAUGUAAUCUAUGGAUGAAUAUUCAAACAAAAGAGCUGUUAAUGGCCUUUACGUUCCCAGAAGAGGUUUGAGGGACAUAGCUGACAGCAGGGAUGAAAAUGUUCAGUUGUGCUCUCGAUAUGGAUGCAGCAGCCGGCACAAAUCUAUGAAGAGCCCGCAAGUUAGAAGUACAGAGAAACCAAGACCUCUCAGGCCUUCUUUCACUUCUUCAAAUGGAAAAGAAGUUGUUGGAAGUUCAUGUAGGACAUCCUCUGUGAUGGCUAAUGCAAGAAAAUCACUGAAGGACAGGAAAGCAAAUUCUCAUGUUGGAAAUGAUCAAUCAGAAACAACUUGUUCACAUGGUGAACCUGAAGCUUCGGAACACAUGAAGUCAUCAAAAGCGCAUCAACCCCAAUUCAAUUCAGUAAUUCAAGAUACUGGAUCAAGUAAAAUUACAUUGAAAGAAGUAGGUUGCUCUAGUGGCGCUUCAAGCAGUAGACCUCGUAGAUUAUUUACUCCCAAGUAUUCCAAUCAAAAUAGUCCAGUAGGUUCGUCUGUUUCUUUGUCGUCUAAGGCCAUUGGUGCAGGGACCAGGGGCACUGCUAGUGGGGCUGGAUAUGUGCCGAGAUAUCUAAAAUGCAACUCACGAUCAGAUAUCUCUCCAAAGAGUUGUUCAACAGCAGAUUCAAGAUUUAGUAGAAGGGACAUGGUAAAAAGAAGAAAUUCAGAAGGUGAAAGCACUUCAUCCUCUAAAGGGAAGAAAGUAAGUGGGGCAUUACCAAAAGGAGGAGAUGUCAUUCGUCCAACUCGUGGUAUCUCAAUUUCCGAUUCAAGGAGUAGUAAAAACUUUGAUAUUAGGGAGGAUAAUCGUGCUGUAUCAGUGAGGACUCGCAGGUCAAUGAAUGUGCCUAGGCUUAGAGAUUCAGUACGAGAUUCGUCAUCUGGCUUUUUCCAGAAUUCACCUCAGCCUGAAUCUCCAAAUUUCAGUCUGCAGUCAUCAAGUCAAUUUUUCUCAGAUGCCUCUUCGAGUGAUUCAAGUGCUUUUAGUUUUCCUGGAAAUGAUGUUGAAGAUCUCCCAGCUGGAGUGUCUGGAACUUCUGCACAACUAGGUAUAAACCAAUUAAUGAACCGUGAUGCCUUGCAGCGAUAUAACAUGGAUGGAGUUGCUCAGGUAUUAGUGGCACUCGAAAGAAUGGAACAAGAUGAGGAAUUAACAUAUGAGCAACUACUUGUGUUGGAAACCAACUUGUUUCUUGGUGGCCUCAACUUCUACGACCAGCAUAGAGGAAUGAGGCUGGAUAUAGACAAUAUGUCCUAUGAGGAAUUAUUAGCUCUCGAGGAGAGGAUGGGGAGUGUUAGCACAGCUCUGUCAGAGGAGGCAUUGUCAAAGUGCAUCCGGAAAAGCAUUUAUCAGGCUAUGCCUUCAGAAAUAGGGGAAUUUGGAAGCGACGAGAAUGAAGAUGAGGUCAAAUGCACUAUUUGUCAGGAGGAGUAUGUGAUUGGAGAUGAAAUAGGAAGGUUGGAAUGUGAUCAUGGGUAUCAUGUGGAAUGUGUAAAACAUUGGUUGAGUCUCAAGAAUUGGUGUCCUAUAUGCAAAGCUUCAGCAGCUCCAUCUUAGCUCAAUUUGUUUCCCUAAUGUACAAAUUCAUCAAGUUGAAGGGUGGGGUGGGGGUGUUUCUGUUCAUUUUUUGAAUUCUUUGCUUUUGUAUAUAUAUACAGUUCUUGUCACAUCAAACCAAUAAACCCAUGCCAAUGCAGGCUUUGUGGUGAUAGCUGAUGAACAUUGAUAUUUAUUUCCUUCAAAAAUCCUUAUAAAAAGUGUUCUGGAAUUUACUUA